AAGUAAUUAGGUGAUCAUUUUCAAUUGGCGGCCAGUAGCUGCUGACAACAACAACAAUAAAGCCCAGCAAACGAAUUGCGCCAAAUCAGCAACGAUGCUUGCAAUUGUGCGCAAAAAAAAAAAAUAAAAAUAGACAACAACAGCGAUUAGAAAUAGAAAAGUAAGUGCUGUUAGCUAGCAAUAUAUGCAACCAACACGCUCUAAAAACCUGGUGCAUGCGAGGAAAAAGUUGGUGAAUUCGAAAAAAGUCAGAAGCGCGGCAAAACGGACGCAGAUCAGUCAGCAAAGAAAAGAUACUAAGUGAUUUGAGCAGCGGCUCUGGCAGACUAGGCAAGUGGGUCCAGCUUUGGCAGCAGCGGCAAUAGCAGCUGCCACAACACAUUAAUUGUGGCAAGGUAAAGUGUAUAAAUUUGAUUGGCACACAAGCGGCGCAGAUCAGUUGCAUUUUGUUGAAAGUUUGAAGAGGCUGUAAUUGAAUCGAAUUGAGUAAAUAUUUCGUGCAACGGUUAAAAUAAAAUAAAUAAUUACACAAAAGAAAAGACCAAAGUAUAAAAAUAAAUAAAAAAUUCCCAGAAAUUUCACUCUUCAAGGCAGCAGCCGCCACAAGGAUAUGCGGUAGGAGCUGAGCGCCAACAAUAGCAACAACAUUCAUCUCAAUUCAUCAUAAAAACUGCACCAGUGCCUGCUUAGAAAGAAGUCCCAAAGCGAUGGAUGCAAAUUUAAGGCUUUUAGCCGCACUCAUCCUGAUUGCUUUGUGUCGACCAGCAACAGCCUUGGCCUCAGACAUACACAGCAGCAAUGAAAAUGUCGCUCAUAUACACGCCGGUCGCAGCACGCUGCUCGACAAUGGGCUGACCCGCACACUUAAACACAUCUACGCCAUCUGCGGCGAUCGCGACGAUCUCUUCUGGUGUUUCAAGGUGCAAGCAACGCGCAUGUUGGGUCGCGCAGUCAAAGUGCAGAACAUACAGCUUGUGGAGGGCGUGACGAUUAUCAAGAAAGUGGACAAUGAAACGCGCACGGGACGUGCCAGCGCAAAUGCCGAACCGAACCUAAGUAAUCGCGAUUUGGAGAAUCUUUCCAUGAAAAGUUUGGAUGCGCUAUUGCUCGAACGUUUCUUGCGUUUCAUUGACAGCCGGCAGUUGCAGGUGAAUUUACCACGUUUACUCAGUUUCGGUCAACGCAACGGGCACGAUCUCUUUAGCGCCGUAAUGGCGUACUUUCAACAAUUCUCAAACGAUGACUUGGCUGCCACUGGGGAUAAUGCUAUCGAAGAGGGACGUAAGAAGAAGGGUGAUGACAAAAAGUAUUUGGGACCCUUUAUUGCGGCCGUUAUGUUGAAAACGGCUAUACUCAAAAUGGCCUACCACUCGAUUGCGAUUGUCGCUGGCAAAGCGCUGAUCGUUGGUAAAAUAGCGCUCAUUAUUAGCGCUAUAAUUGGACUCAAGAAGCUCGUCUCCUCGGAGGGUGGCGAAAAGACCACUUAUGAAAUUGUCAAACACCCACAGGUGCAACACAGUCAAACCUAUUCAUCGAGUCAUGCCGGCGAGUACGAGGCGGGGCAUGAGGGCGGCUCCUAUCACCGCAGCAUCGACGAUGAGAUGAUGAUGCAGGAUAAAGCCUAUAACGCAUGGGUGCCCUCACGUGUGCAGUCAUAAGAACGGACCAUUUGUAGAUAUGUGAAAGCUGAUUUGGGAAAGUUGAGUAGCUAGCUGCUGGCGUGUGUGGUUAAGUGUGGGGGUUGUGACGCACUGAGGCGUGUCAGAAUAACGAAAGUUGUCGUUAUUGUCGGUAGGCGAUUUUAGAUUAAACCAAAGAAGUUUACCAAAAAUUAGGAAAAAAAAAUGAAUUUAAUAACAUUCAUUGUUUGUAGUAAAUUAAACACC